GAGGCUUCCCCGCCUCUGGCGGGUGAGGCGGAGCGUCGCCCCGGGCUGUGGCUGCGGCGCCUGCCUCAGAGUUUCGCCUUCCCACUCCCCUCUUCGCCCCGCGUAGGCUGCUGUGGUUUUCGUUUCCGUCGCCUCGACCCGCGGCUGGCGUUCUGAAAACCCAUUCACCUAGCUCCCGGCCCCGAACCAGCUCGCUAACUCAGUGUUGUGCCUCCGACAUUUGGUCCUGUUGUCGAGGGGACAGCGCAGAAAGUGUGGCUAAGCUAGGCGAAGCUGCUGUGGAGGCAUAGGAGGAAUCACCGAAAACCUUUAUUUUAAGCCGGAAGGUAUUGCUCCGCUCAGCCCCGGAAACAGGUUUUCAGCCGCUGAAAACUUUCCAAGCGCCCCGCCUUGGCCGAGGAGGAACUUCCUGUCUGAGUUGGAAGUCACAUUAACUUUAUCCUAGAAGACAACUUUACAAGGAUCUAGACAGAACAGGAUUAAAGAUGACUGAAUACUGAGCUCCAGAAACUUAAAACAAUCAGGGACUGCACAGGACUGAGUCCAUAUGGAAGAAGAGCUUUCCCUUUCCUAUGGAGAAAGUGGCAAGCCAGUACAGGCUACUCUGUCAUCUUUGAAGAUGUUAGAUGUGGGAAAGUGGCCAAUUUUCUCCCUUUGUUCUGAGGAAGAACGGCAGUUAAUUCGUCAGGCCUGUGUCUUUGGCAGCGCUGGCAAUGAAGUUUUAUAUACUACAGUAAAUGAUGAGAUUUUUGUGCUUGGCACAAACUGCUGUGGCUGUUUGGGAUUAGGUGACGUCCAGAGCACCAUUGAACCUCGGAGACUGGAUUCUUUAAGUGGCAAAAAAAUUGCCUGCCUCAGCUAUGGGAGUGGCCCCCAUAUUGUCCUUGCCACAACAGAAGGAGAAGUCUUUACCUGGGGUCAUAAUGCUUACAGCCAGCUGGGCAAUGGGACAACUAAUCAUGGUUUAAUGCCCUGUCAUAUUUCUACUAAUUUGUCAAACAAACAAGUCACUGAAGUUGCCUGUGGGUCUUACCAUUCUUUGGUGCUAACAUCUGAUGGAGAGGUAUUUGCCUGGGGUUAUAAUAACUCCGGGCAGGUAGGAUCUGGAUCAACAGCCAAUCAGCCAAUCCCUCGAAGAGUCACAGGCUGCUUACAGAAUAAAGUAGUUGUGAACAUAGCAUGUGGGCAGAUGUGUUCAAUGGCAGUGGUGAACACUGGCGAGGUCUAUGUCUGGGGUUACAAUGGAAACGGGCAGCUUGGACUUGGCAGUAGUGGCAACCAGCCAACCCCCUGUAGAAUAUCGGCUUUGCAAGGCAUUCGUGUCCAGCGGGUUGCCUGUGGCUAUGCGCACACAUUAGUGUUAACAGAUGAAGGCCAAGUGUAUGCUUGGGGUGCAAAUUCUUACGGCCAGUUAGGCACUGGCAAUAAAAGUAACCAGUCCUAUCCUGCACCUGUCGUUGUGGAAAAGGACAGCAGCUGCUGCCGUCAGCCAAGCCCGUGCCCCACCCCUGACUUCCCGUGUGCUGCUAGGUGUUCCAGAAUUAUAGAGAUUGCGGCCUGCCACUCGGCCCACACGUCAGCUGCCAAGACCCAGGGCGGGCACGUGUACAUGUGGGGCCAGUGCCGGGGCCAGUCCGUGAUCCUGCCUCACCUCACGCACUUCUCCUGCACCGACGACGUGUUCGCCUGCUUCGCCACUCCUGCUGUCUCUUGGCGCCUCCUGUCCGUGGAACCUGACGACCACCUGACAGUGGCAGAGUCGCUCAAGAGGGAAUUUGACAACCCCAGUACAGCAGACCUGAAAUUCCUGGUGGACGGAAAGUACAUUUAUGCACAUAAAGUCCUUCUCAAAAUUAGGUGUGAGCAUUUUCGUUCUUCAUUGGAAGACAACGAGGAUGAUAUCGUAGAAAUGAGUGAGUUUUCGUAUCCUGUUUACCGAGCCUUCCUGGAGUACCUGUAUACAGACAGCAUCAGCCUUUCCCCCGAGGAGGCAGUAGGAUUGCUGGAUUUGGCUACCUUUUAUAGAGAAAAUCGUUUGAAAAAGCUCUGCCAACAAACUAUCAAGCAAGGAAUCUGUGAGGAGAAUGCCAUUGCCCUGCUUUCAGCUGCUGUGAAGUAUGAUGCUCAGGAUUUAGAAGAAUUCUGCUUCAGGUUUUGCAUAAAUCAUUUGACUGUAGUAACACAAACUUCAGGCUUUGCAGAAAUGGACCAUGAUCUUCUGAAGAACUUUAUCAGCAAAGCAAGCAGAGUUGGAGCCUUUAAAAAUUGAUCCUCAUCUGCAAGAAAGAAUUUUUGGUAUUUCCAUUUUCCCUGCAAAAGCCGGAGGAUGACUUUUCCUUAAUUGACUGAAUACUUACGUUCUGUCAAAAGAAGGUGGUGGUGGUCAGUCUGCCCUGUGCUGAAGUCUGAAGUUUACUGUACAAGGCAUUCCGUGCUCUGAUCAGAUGUGACUAAGGUCAAGGGAAAAGAAAUUAAAAUGUCUUAUUUACCAUUUCCUCUUUCACGUCCCUUAAGUUGGACAUUUUUGGUACAUUGGUCUAAGUGUAUGCUAUCCUGGCCAAAUUUCUGUUCUUAACAGGCUGAUAUCACAUAGAGAGCUGGACAGUAAGUACAUUGUCAGCAUCCAGAAUGGUGCCUUGCAUACAUAGGCACUCCAUUUAUUACAAAGCUUACGUAUGCCCUGAAAACAGCUUUAUUUGUGGAAUACUGGAUGAAGGUAUAACAAAUUGCACAAAAACAAAUUUGAGACAGCCCAUCACUAUUGAGGUUCAUAUUCUUCUGGUACCUGGUUCUAAGUAAUAGUGGCUAACUUAGAGCAUUAAUUAGAAUUCACAAACAGCCUUGACAAUUUAAUUGUCAAAGUCCCAAGGGCUAAUUUUAAUUUUCUAUUUACUCUGAGUCAUUAAUUUCUCAUACGGGAUUACUGAAUAUGAAGUACUGUCUUUGAAUGAAUGUUAUUUCUGGGCUCAUCUGCCUUACAUAAUUGCAUAAUGUCUUUUCUUUUUGUGUUGAGAGAUUUGCCUGUGUAUGUAAAAAUGAUUAUGUGUUUUUCUUGUAGUGGAGUUUUAUGUCACUGUAAAACAGUUCUCUUAACCUGGCACAGAAUAAUUAUAAAGUACUAGCUGAAAAGGAACUCAUACUUACAUUUCAUGGACAGCAUUAAGAAGAAUGAGAUAAAUUUAUACUUUUUCGGUCAAAACAAGUUACCCAACUGCAAAAGAAAAACUGGAACGGGAUGUAGGCUGUAGUGUCAGAUUCCUCUAACAUGGGUUUCACAAUAUGGUAUGUAUUUCACAAUAUGAUAUUAUGUAAAGAAAACUCUUUUGGAAUUAGAAACCUUGUUCUGAUGCUGAACUAUUUGAUAAUAAAGUGCUUAUUUGUAGAUAAUA